AUGAAGAUACUCUUUGUAAUAAUUGAUGGCGUUGCUGAUGUUGGUACUCCAGAGACUCAAUUUAUGACUCCGCUUCAAUUGGCUGAAAUUCCUACUAUGAAUCAAAUAGUCUCAACUGGACUUGCAGAUUUGAUGGACCCAGUGGAGCAAGGGCUUUCUUGUGAGAGUCACAUAGCUCAUAUGAGUAUUUUUGGCUACGAUCCGUUUACGUUUGAUAGAGGCAGAGGAGCAUUAGAAAUCAUGGGUUCUAGAAUUGAUAUGCAAGUAUGA